AUGCCAGCCAAUGCUUCAACAUUACGCCAGAACUUAGCCAAAACUCUAUAUGGUAGAUCCUCAAUGCUGCGAAGACGAUUCAUCUCAAAUUCGGCUCAUCCUCCCGACAAGAAGGCUGUUCCUUCUUCCACUUUCAGCAAGUCAACAGUGUUCUUAUGUUCCCUCGCAUCUGCAACUGUAUCACUGUGUUUUGGAUAUGGCUUUAUGUCAUACCAAGGUAUAGUUGACCCAAAAGUCUUCGGGUCUUCCAUAAAGUAUGCAGAACCAACUGUCAUGCUUCAAGCCAUUCAGGAAAUCGCCAACGAAUUAGGCGAUGAUUCAAUUAGUUAUGAAGAAGAAGAACUAUUGAGGCAUUCUUAUUCGGAAUGGUCAACUUCAAACUCGGAGAAAAGACCUCUUGCGGUUGUCUAUCCGAAAGACACAGAUGAUGUCGUCAAAAUUGCAAAGAUUUGUUCCAGGUAUAAAGUUCCAAUGGUACCAUUUGGUGCGGGUUCAAGUGUGGAGGGUCAUAUUUCCACUCCUUGCUCGGGAUUAAGUAUUGACUUUGUCAAGAUGGAUAAAAUUGUUCAAUUUCAUCCAGACGAUAUGGAUGUUGUCGUACAGCCAGCUGUGAAUUGGGUGAAUCUUAAUGAGCAAAUCAAGGACACCGGACUUUUCCUUCCAUUGGAUCCUAGUCCAACGGCUCAUAUUGGAGGAAUGGUUUCUACAAAUUGCAGUGGUACCAAUGCAAUGAGGUAUGGCACCAUGAAAGACUGGGUCAUUAACCUGACUGUUGUUUUGGCCGAUGGAACAGUAAUAAAAACUCGAAGAAGGCCACGUAAAACUUCCGCAGGUUACAAUUUGACUUCUCUCUUCGUAGGAGCAGAGGGAACUUUAGGGUUGAUUACAGAAAUUACUCUCAAGCUGGCUGUAGUUCCCGAUUCGACUAGUGUUGCGGUGGUUACAUUUCCUUCUGUAGCAGAUGCUGCAACAGCUGCUUCGAAAAUCAUUAGGACAGGAAUACCUUUAGCGGCCAUGGAAGUUAUGGAUGAAGUUCAGAUGCAGGUCAUCAAUAAGAAUGGAGGCACUGGAGGAAGGAUGUGGGAAGAGCGACCGACAUUAUUUUUCAAGUUUUCUGGUACAGAGCAGGCAAUAAAGGACCACAUCCAGCGAGUGCAGACAAUAGCCAAGCGAUGGAAAGGCGGAGAAUUUCAGUUCGCUCGAACAGAAGAAGAUAAGACUGUUCUAUGGUCCGCGAGAAAAGAAGCUCUAUGGGCAAUGCUAGCACAACGGCCACCAGGUACAGAAAUAUGGAGUACAGAUUGUGCAGUACCUAUGUCAAGAUUAGCUGAGAUUAUAGAUAUUUCGAAAGCAGAAUCAGGAAAACUCGGAUUAUUUUCCAGUGUACUUGGCCAUGUAGGAGAUGGAAACUUUCAUCAAGCUGUUAUGUAUAACCCUAAAGAUCCAGUUGAGACAGCUGCUGUCAAGAAAUGCGUGUACGAUAUGCUUGACAGAGCAUUGGAAAUGGAAGGAACAAGUUCUGGCGAGCAUGGAAUAGGGCUUGGUAAGAAGGAUUGCUUGAUGAAGGAACUUGGCCUCGAUACAAUCACUGUCAUGAAAAAACUCAAGCAUUCUCUUGAUCCAAAUUGGCUAUUGAAUCCAGGAAAGAUAUUCGAUAAGCCAUGA